AUGGAGGCUCAAGGUGCAUCGGCAAUGCCUCAGGCGUCACAGGAAAAAGAUAAGGUACGCCAACAAGCUGAAAAUCAAGAAACCGCGAAAAAUGGCAUGAUUUCUCAGAUUUUGGACCAGGCGGCGAUGCAAAGAUUGAGUAAUCUCGCUGUCGCCAAGCCAGAGAAAGCUCAAAUGGUUGAAGCCGCGUUGAUUAACAUGGCCAGAAGAGGUCAAUUAUCGGGAAAAAUGAGUGACGAUGGCCUGAAAGCCCUCAUGGAACGUGUCUCCGCCCAAACCCAAAAGUCCACUUCCGUCAAGUUCGAUCGCCGUCGCAACGAGUUGGAUUCCGACGAGGAGUUGGAUCUUUAA